AUGUUUGGCAUGAAUACUGGUCCUGAGUACCUGCAAAUGCUGCAGUUGGAAAAGAAAACUGGAAAAACUUUGAACAAUAAGAUCCCCAAUAAUCUGGCAGAUGGACCAAGUAAAUUCUCUAUGAAGCAUUUCCUCAGGAAAACAUUCAAACACAUUCAGCGCUAUUUCUACAACUUUCAAUACCGAAAUAACCAAUCAGAAGUAGUCUUUUUGAUGAUAGGAGGAGAAGGCCCACAAGAUAUCGGAUGGGUUUCCUAUGAGAAUUAUCCAUUUGUGAGCUGGGCAAAGGAGUUUGGAGCUAUGAUGUUCACUCUGGAACACCGCUUCUAUGGAGAAAGUCGUCCUACUCCUAAUCAGUCCGUGAAAAAUCUUCGCUAUCUGAGUAGCCGUCAAGCACUUGAAGAUAUUAAGUACUUUAUUGAAUGUAUGAACGCGAAAUAUAGAUUGAAGAAUCCAAAAUGGAUAGCGUUUGGUGGAUCAUACCCAGGUACAUAUCUUGAAACGCUUCUCAUUACCUAA